AUGACGGUCACAAAGGCCGUUUCGAGUUUGGAUGCCUCCAAACUUGAGGUGCUGCCAUUGGACAGCCCCAAACCCGUCCCAACUCCUGACGAUUCAUCUAUUUCCGCAUUGAAGACGACAACUGAUCGUAUGAUCACAGUCUCUUGGACCGCGGCGGAGGGCUGGGCAAGCCCCCAGCUGGUUCCCUACGGACCCUUGUCUUUAAUGCCUACCGCGAGUGCGUUGCAGUAUGCCACCGAGUGUUUCGAGGGCAUGAAGCUCUUCCGUGGCCAUGAUGGCCGCCUUCGCCUGUUCCGACCUCUGUACAAUUGCCAGAGAAUGCUUUCGUCUGCUUCAAGAAUCUCGUUACCACAAUUUGAGCCAGAUGAGCUGCUCAAGUUGAUACGUCGGCUUUGCGCCAUGGAGGCGCCAAAGUGGCUGCCCAGAGACCGAACAGGCUCAGCGUUGUAUAUUAGGCCAACUAUGGUUGGCACUGAUAGCAGUCUGGGUUUCAAAGUCCCCGAAGAAGCACAGCUGUGCAUCUUCAUGCUGUACUGGCCCUCGCCAAGCAUGGUUACCGACCCGACCCAGUCAGUGUCUCGCCGUGGCAUGAGACUGCUCACGAGCAGCGAGGCUGCAGUCCGCUCAUGGCCCGGCGGCACUGGACUCGCCAAGAUCGGCGGUAAUUACGGUCCUACGCUAUUCGAGCACAACAAGGCCAAGGCCAGGGGCUACGACCAAGUCCUGUGGCUGUAUGGCCCAGAUCGUCGAAUCACCGAAGCUGGGUCGACCAACUUUUUCAUUCUGUGGAGGACUCCUGCGGGUGAGCUAGAGCUGACUACGCCGCCUCUAGAUAACGAGGGGCUAAUCCUUGCUGGCAACACACGACAAACCAUUUUGGAGCUGUUUAGGACUAGUUUUGCGUCGUCAGCGUCAAGCCCGCUUGAGCCUUGUAACGUACUGGAGAGGAGGAUUACCAUGUCAGAUAUUGAAUGUGCGGUUGGGGAAGGCCUUGUGCUAGGUGCUUUCGCCGUGGGAACGGCAGCAUGGAUUCAAGAGGUAGAGGAGAUUGGCCAUGACGGCCGGGAGAUUCGCAUUAACAUUUCUAAAGCACCCCACGUCGCAUACAUCCGUGAGAAGCUGGCCGGAAUCAUGCUCGGCGACGUGGAGAAUGACUGGGUUGAGAUAGUCGAAGAAGCUGCGAUCUGA